AUGAUAGCCUCCUGUGGCAGUGCCUCCGCACUGCAGAGUUCUUGCGCUAUCAGCUGUUGUCCUUCUUUUCGAUAUAGUCUCCUAGGCCGCACAAUACGACAGUUCUCAUCGCGGAGUGGACGCGCCUCCCCUGAUCCCCGUCUUGAAGAUUUCGGCAAAAUCAUUAGAGAUGAGUACGCGCUUGUCCGAGAGCAUUAUGAUACCCCAAAACAUCCCAUAAUACUCGCACACGGUUUGCUUGGGUUUUCUGAGCUACGACUUGCCGGGCCUUUGCUCCCUGGGAUUCACUACUGGCGGGGCAUUAAGGAAGCAUUCUCCCUGAAAGGCGUCGAGGUUAUUGCCGCAAGUGUGCCUCCGUCGGCCUCAAUCGAGAUGCGAGCCAAAGUAUUGGCCGAGACUAUUGCGUCGGCUGCACGGGGGAGAGAAAGCACAGACAUAGCAUGCGGGCUUGAUGCUCGAUAUAUGAUCACGCAUCUGAAGCCCGAGAACUUCAAAGUCUUGUCAUUGACGACUAUUGCUACUCCACAUAGGGGCUCCGCCGUAGCAGAUUAUCUUCUUCAGCAGAUAGGCGAUGAUCGGUUGGCCCAGCUCUAUUACCUCCUCGAGAAGAUCAGGAUCGAGUCAGGGGCAUUCUCUCAGCUCACGUGCGAGUAUAUGGAGAAGACUUUCAACCCUCAGACCCCAAAUAUCGAAGAUAUUCGAUAUUAUUCCUAUGGAGCAGUCAUGGAGCCAAGAUUUUGGUCGGUCUUCCGCUUAUCCCACCGUCUUCUACAACAACUUGAAGGGUACAAUGAUGGGCUAGUCAGCGUAGCAAGCAGCAAGUGGGGAGCUUACAAGGGGACCCUUAUGGGGGUCAGUCACUUGGACCUCAUCAAUUGGAGUAAUCGACUCAAGUGGCUUGCCGGCGAGAUCACUGGCCAGAGACCAAACUUCAAUGCCGUCGCGUUUUACUUGGACAUUGCUGAAAAGCCCUAUGGAGUGUAUCUCGGCUAUGCACAUGUCCGCGAGGAGGCGGGCCAGCACAGCGACAUGCAUACCUUUUCUGAUUCGCCCUUCCUAGGUUGCCUCACAGUUGUGACAAUUCGUCAACAAGCAGUUUCCAGCCAAGUUGACUGGACAAACAGGGGUCGUCAAGGGUGGCGGUGCAUCUGGAUCAUGGCCAUGGGCACACCCGGAGUGGCUUAGCUUCAAUUGCAGGUCGAUUAUUGGAGUCACUAGAAGGCAGCCAAAUAGGAUAUAUUUUGCCAAUUG